AUGGCUCUCGCAACCGCAGCAGCAGUCGCCGCAGGCAGCUGGGCGACCGCAGCCUACCUCGAUGCCAAAUUCCACCUCCGCAAGGACUAUGACAACAUAGCCCGCAUGAGCCAAGGAGCGAAAGAGUACGCCCGCGCCGUGAAAGAAGACCGAGUCAGCUUCUGGUACGUUCUCGAGGAGAGGUGCAAGCAAUAUGAGAGUCGCCGGGCGAUAUGGUGGCGCGAGCGGUCAUACACUUUCGGUGAACUGCACGACGAGACGCUGCGCAUUGCACAGUGGAUGCUAGAGCAGGGCGUGAGACCGGGGGAACUGGUGGCGCUGUACCUGACGAACUCGCCGCACUUUAUGUUUUCGUGGUUCGCGUGUCUGGCGAUCGGUGCCGCCCCAGCGUUCAUCAACUACAAUCUGGAAGGCAAGGCGCUGUUGCACUGUCUGGACGUGGCGCAGACGAAACUACUGGUCGUCGAUGACGAGCCGGGAUGCCAGGCACGAAUCGAAGGAAGCCGAACCGACAUCGAGAGCAGGGGAAUGAGGAUUGCCGUGCUCGACGAUGCGCUCAAGCAGAGCAUCUCCUCAAGACCGGUCGUAAGACCAGGCGAUGAGCUCCGCGCGGGAACCAAGGGCGAGUUCCCUUAUUGCCUGAUAUACACCAGUGGCACGACGGGUCUUCCGAAAGGUUGCGCCUUCACACACUCUCGAGUCUGGCUGAUGUGCGGCCACUCCAUGCCCAUUUGCGACGGCAAACCCGGCGUGGACCGGUGGUACAACAGCAUGCCUCUGUACCACGGCACCGGCGGUAUCUCGAGUUCGACCUCUCUCCUCCAGGGCCUUAGCCUAGCCCUCGCGCCCAAGUUCUCCGUGUCACGGUUCUGGAACGACAUCCACGACAGCGAGAGUACCUUCUUCAUCUACGUGGGCGAAACAGCGCGGUACCUGCUGAAUGCCCCGGCUCAUCCUCUGGAGCGAGACCACAAGCUGCGCGUCGCGUACGGAAACGGCCUGCGCCCGGACGUGUGGGCCAAGUUCCAGGAACGCUUCAACGUUCCAGAGAUCGGCGAGUUCUUCAACUCCACGGAAGGCAUGUUUUCAUUGUUCAACUACGACAAGGGUCCGUUUCUGCAGGGGUGCGUAGGCCAUCACGGACUGCUCCUCCGCACGAUGCUGCGCAACGUCUACAUCCCCGUCAAGAUCGACCACGACACCGGCGACAUCUGGCGAGACCCCAAGACCGGCUUCGCCCAGCGGACGCCGUACGAAGAAGGCGGCGAGAUGCUCGUCGCCGUGCCGAACAAGGAGGCUUUCCAGGGCUAUUGGCGCUCGCAGGCCGCGACGGACAAGAAGUUCUGCGUCGACGUUUUCAAGAAGGGCGACGUCUACUACCGGUCCGGCGAUGCGCUGAAGCGAGACGCCGACGGGCGCUGGCACUUCCUAGAUCGACUGGGGGACACGUUCCGGUGGAAGAGCGAGAACGUGUCGACGGCCGAGGUGGCCUUGACCAUUGGCCAGUACCCCGGCAUCGCCGAGGCGAACGUCUACGGAGUACUGGUGCCGAACCACGAAGGACGGGCGGGCUGUGCGGCGAUCCAUCUCGAUCCGAACCACCAGGGGCCGCCUGUGAAUUGGGACGAUCUGCUCAAGUUUACGAGAGCGAGGCUGCCUCGAUACGCCGUGCCGGUGUUCCUCAGGGUCGUGAAAGCGAGUACCCACAUCCACAACCACAAGCAGAACAAGGUCCCGCUGAGGAAGGAGGGUGUCGAUCCGAACCUUGUGGGAACCGAGGCGAAGGAGGGCAAGGACGACGUCUUCCUGUGGGUUCCGCCGAAAGGGGACUCCUACGUUCCUUUUACGAGACAGGACUGGGAGAAGCUGGAGAAUAAGGAGGCGAGGUUAUAG